AUGCCUAAAGCUUUACUUGCCAUUACCUCCUACAACGGAAAAUUCUACGAUGACGGUACCAAGACCGGAGUGUUUGUCGUUGAGGCAUUGCACCCAUAUGAGGUUUUGGUGAAGAACGGAUUCGAGGUUGAUUUCGUCUCCCACACUGGCUCUUUUGGUUGGGAUGAGCACUCUUUGGCUCCAGACUUCCUUUCUGCUGAGGAGAAGGCCAUCAUUGAGGAUCCUAACUCGCCUUUCAUGAAGGGUAUGAACCUGGCUAAGAAGCCUGAGGAUGUCAAUGCUGCUGAUUACGAUAUCUUCUUCGCUUCUGCCGGACACGGUUCGUGUUUCGACUACCCAAAGUCUGAGGGCUUGCAUAAGUUGGUGGCUGAGAUCUAUGCUAACAACAAGGUGGUUGGUGCCGUGUGUCAUGCUCCAGUCAUCUUCGAUGGCUUGAAGGACGUCAACGGUAACUUGCUCAUCAAGGGCAAGAAGAUCACUGGAUUCACCGAUGAGGGUGAAGAGAUUUUGGGACUUGUAAAGAUUAUGGAGAGAGACAACGUGAAGACUGUUCAGAAAGUUGCUGAGGACAAUGGAGCUACUUACGUUCAGCCUGAGGGCCCAUGGGGAUCAUUUGCUGUUGUCGAUGGCAGACUUGUUACUGGUGUAAACCCAGCUUCUGCUGUUGAGACCACUGAGAAGUGUAUUGAGACAUUGAAACAGUUGUAA